AUGGUUGGAAAGUUGACGGUAGUGAGGCUUGUGUUGGCCAUAUCUGUGUUGAGCUCUCUCCUUCUGACAACCUCGGCACAGUCACAGACAUGCCAGAGCCAGACCUUCUCUGAGAACAAGGCAUUUACCACGUGUCGUGAUCUUUCUCACUUGAGCUCUUACCUUCACUGGACUUAUGACCAGGCCACAGGGAAGUUGGAUUUAGCAUUCAGACACGCUGGAAUCACUGCAACAGACAGGUGGGUUUCGUGGGCUAUCAAUCCCAGCAAUAACCUCGAUUCAUCUAUGAUGGGAGCACAGGCGCUGGUGGCUAUCUCACAAUCUGGUGGCACCCCAAGAGUGUACACUUCUUCCAUCGAUGGCUACUCAACCCAGUUGCCAGAGGGAAACAUCUCUUAUGCUCACUCUGGCUUGACGGGUACCCGUCAGAAUAAUGAGAUCACCAUCUAUGCUACCCUCACUCUUCCAAACGGUACCACUAAUUUGGUCCACCUUUGGAAUGAUGGUCCUCUCUCUGGUUCUACUCCUCAAAUGCAUCCUCAGGCUAACACCCAAUCUAAGGAAAGUUUGAAUCUUCUUUCUGGCGCCAGUCAGGCAGGAUCAAGUGGGGGUUCACUUAGAAGAAGAAGAAAUGUCCAUGGAAUUCUAAAUGCGCUGAGCUGGGGGACUUUGAUGCCCCUUGGUGCUAUCAUAGCUAGGUAUUUGAAGGUGUUCAAAUCUGCUGACCCUGCUUGGUUUUACCUUCAUGUUACCUGCCAAACCUCUGCAUACAUAAUUGGUGUUGCUGGUUGGGGAACUGGUCUCAAACUGGGCCAUGAUUCAGUUGGUAUUAAGUAUAAUACCCAUAGAACACUCGGAAUCGUUCUCUUCUGCCUCGGAACCCUUCAGGUUUUUGCUCUGCUUUUAAGGCCAAACAAGGAUCACAAAAUCAGAAUCUACUGGAACUUUUAUCACUAUGCCAUUGGAUACGCCACCAUAAUCAUCAGUAUCGUCAACAUCUUUAAAGGGUUCGAGGCAUUGGAAACUUCCGUAGGGGAUCGCUACAAUAGCUGGAAGCAUGCUUACAUUGGCAUUAUUGCAGCUUUGGGUGGAAUUGCUGUGCUUUUGGAGGCUUACACAUGGAUCGUUGUCAUGAAGAGGAAGAACUCGGAGAACAAGACGGGACAUGGCAUCAAUGGAACACAUGGGGUUAAUGGGUAUGGUUCUAGUGCACAGCAUGUGUAG